CAAAGAUGGCUGCGCCCAUGACUGGUUUUCACCAAAUAAGAAAAGAUCUUACAAAAGACAUUGCAGCAUGCCUGGAAACUGGAUCCAUAGAUGGCUUAGUGGCAGUAUUCCCAAAGAUUGACGCAAGUGAGCCUGAAAAGAAAAAUGUUGUUGAUCAAUGUUUCAAAGAUGCCCUCAAACAGCAAAUUCAUGAUAAAGCUGAGGCUGAUGUCUAUAUUAACACAGUGCAGUUGGGUCUUAAUGCAGCAAAAAAUGAUAUGUCGCUGACCUCAACGCCAUUUGUGAUGCUGAUGGAUGCAUUUGACACUCUCACGCUAGAUGUUUGUCAACAAGUAUUUGUCUUUGUCGAAGAAAAUGUCACAACUUGGAAAUCUACUCAGUUAUACAAUGCUGGAAAGAACUAUCUGCUCAGAAUGUGCAAUGAUCUGCUACGAAGACUCUCUAAGUCUCAAAACACUGUGUUCUGUGGGCGUAUUCAAUUAUUUCUCGCUCAACUGUUCCCGCUAGAUGAGAAAUCUGGUCUGAAUCUCACCAGUCAAUUUAAUCUGGAGAAUGUUACAAUGUACAGCCAUAGUGCUGAGGACUCUAUACUAUCAAAGGAUGACAAGAAACUUAAAGAUGGGGAAGAACCCAUGGAAGAAGGGGAGAUGUCUGAUCUAGAACGUUCCAUCCCUAUUGACUACAACUUGUACAAGAAAUUCUGGUCGCUACAAGACUAUUUCAGAAAACCUACCCAGUGUUAUGAGAAAGUUGCAUGGCUCACUUUCACAAAGAAUGCCAAGGAGUGCUUGCAGACCUUCCAAAGUUCCAAACUUGAUGAUCUCAAAUUGUCCAAGAAGAAACAAUCAAAACAACUGCAAGAAAAACAAAACAAGUCAACCAAACACCAAGCUUACUUUGCCAAAUAUCUCACCAGUGAAAAACUCUUAGACCUCCAGCUAAGUGAUAGUAACUUCAGAAGAUAUGUCCUGGUGCAAUUCCUUAUACUUUUCCAGUACCUCAAUGCACAGGUGAAGUUUAAGAGUGCUGCUCUGACAUUAUCAGAUGACCAGCAGACAUGGAUCAAAGAAAACACAGAGAAGAUCUACCAAUUGCUGAAGGAAACACCACCAGAUGGCGACAAGUUUGCUGCCAAUAUUCAGCACGUCUUCAAGAGAGAGGAAAACUGGAACACUUGGAAAAAUGAAGGAUGUCCAAGUUUUGUUAAAAAUCCACCAAGUGAGGCAGAUGUAAAAAAGUUGCAAAGACCCAAGAAGCGCAGUAUAGGAGAUGACCUCAAGGCCAGUGGUGGUAAGAUCAUCAAAAUGGGCAGUGCAGAGCUGACAAGACUGUGGAAUUUACAGCCAGAUAACAUGGAAGCCUGCAAGUCAGAAAAGCGGCUGUUCCUGCCCUCAUUAGAAACAUUCUUCGCUGAUGCCAUUGAACAGUGUGAUCCUGAGGCAAUGGUGGAGGAUGAGUACAAAUUGGUUAGGAAACAAAAUUACGCCUGGAAAUCAAUUCGCCUGCUUGCACGGAAAAGUCCUCACUUUUUCUCAUCAGCAUCUGCGAUGUUGAAAGCUCUACCCACGUAUCUGGAGGGAAUUCUUGCCAAAAUGGCCAAGGAGAUGCCUGGAUUCCAAGAGGCUGCCAGUAAUGGAGCACCAGGUGUGAAAGCUGAAGAUGAAAGCAACAUUGAGGAUAUAGCACCUGAAGACAAUGAUAUUCAACAAGAGGAGACAGCUGUAAAGGAGGAAGCCUCAGAGAAAGUAACUGAAGAGCUUGCCCAGAAGAUAGCAGAGAGACUGGGGACAGAUUGGAAACCUCUAGCUACAGAACUGAACAUCGCUGAGGAAAAUCUAGAUUCGCUCUCUAAAGACUCCCCAGAUGUGAAGAAUAGAUGUAUUGAUUGUAUCUCUCUUUGGAUUGAGUUGGAGGGUGAAAGAGCGACGCGUUCAGCAUUAUUCUCAGCUCUAAAAGAGAUAGGCCAAUGUGACAGCCCUUCCAGUUACAGGUGUCACAUUAACAUUAGUGUGACAGCCCUUCCAGUAACAAGUGUCACAUUAACAUUAGUGUGA